AUGAAAAGCUCCGAUCCGGGUGCGUUGAAUGCAAGAGACGAAAAAUCAAGGUACCAGCUACCCACAGCCCCCCAGGAAUGUCUCCUGGCUGAGUAUCUCAUAAUUCAGUGCGAUGAGACAAAACCGAUCUGCAAUCGCUGUAAACAGCGACCGGACAAGUGCAAAUACGAGUUCAAACUAUGCUGGACGGAAGGAAGACCGUUCAAAAACAAGAAUCGCCAGAAAGAGAAAGCUCGACAGCAACCAUCUUCGACGCAGGCAACCGCCUCCAGUAAUGUUCAAGUAUGGCAGUCUGAGCCUACAAUACGUCCAGCACAGCCUGCCUUGGCCGAGAGUAGUGCUAUAGGCUUGAAUGUGGGCCAUGCGUUGGGAUCCCCCCGAAGGCCCGAUGAUUCGGUUGAGAAUGAGAUUGACCGCAGAGCAUCUUUGGCCGUGUCAGAGAGUACCUGCUCGGACUACUCAGUGGCUACCCCGCGGACUCCGAGAUUCGGUAGGCUUGAUAAAUUUGGUGUUUAUCAACAAGAUCCAGUCGGGAUGACUUGGCACCAUUGGCAGCAAGCGAAGCCAUAUUGCCAACAGAAGCCUUCUCCGGUCCACUAUUAUGAUUGGCAAAUCCCCCAGACAAUAUCCACCACUGCUUCACCUAUUAUCUCAUCGUCUGAGACUCGAUUUUUUCUUCAUCACUAUAUCAAUAACACAGCGGGAGUGAUCUUCCCUCUUUCCCUGAAGGCCAAUCCACUCAGCGAAGCCCUGCUUCAGUCCGCCAUGAACUCAUCGCAUCUCUUAUACGCAUUCCUUGCGUGUGCCAGUUCCCACUAUAUCAGUCUGCGAGGAGAUCCAACUGGUGAAAUGACGAAAAGUGUCACGAAAUUCACCAAUGCCGCGUUGAACGGCUUGCGAUUAGCCAUGAUCGAUCCAAACCAGGCCGGGAAGUUAAGCACGCUAACCACGGCACUCGCACUAUGCACAUCUGAUGUUAUAUCUGGGGGUCUGAAUACCUGGAGAAUUCACCUGUCGGGAGCAAGCAACUUGAUCGCGUCGGUGUUUGAGCUUCAAAGCAACGAUGACUCAGUGAGUACUCAAGACCCGACCAAGCUCUUCCUAAUAAAAUGGUUUGCUCUCCUCGAUAUAUUCGCCGGGGUGGGUGGCCUCCGCAAGAGCUCCAAUGCUGGGAGCUAUUGGUCACUUCCCACGUCGAACGACACGGGUGGCUACAUCGACGAAUGGACGGGAUAUUCUCUGGAAUUGAUCCCGAUUAUGGCAGAAAUCGGAAAAAUGGCACGAAUACAACGGAAACGAUCGAAAGUCAUUUCUCUCGACGAUGACGGAUCUGAAGAUGAAGCAGCCAGCGAACAGAGUCGGAUGGAGACUGUCGAAGACAUACAACGCGUGGAGAGUCAGAUUUACGCCCUCUAUGACCGGACGACUCAUCCGGAUCUCGAUUCUAAUCCCGCAACUAAAACAACGGCUCAAGAAAUGCGACACAUCCAUAGGAUCUUUCUGCACACCAAUCUUCUCCAUCUUUACCGGCGCGUGCAGGGCCUGCCUAAAGAACAUCCCAAGCCAGCCCAUGCAAUUCACAUGGUCAUCGAGUUGCUGCUCAAGAUUCGGUCUACCUCUAUGGCGAAUAUUCUGUGUCUAUGGCCAGUGUUUACCGUUGGCUGUGAAACGGAGGAUGAGUUCCAACGACAGAUCAUUAAAGAUAGGCUGGCAAAUAUGGAGGCCUUUGGAAUGGGCAACGUGCAGAGUGCGCGAAAGGCGAUGGCAGAGUAUUGGGAAUGUGGGGCGAAGGAGAGAUGGGACAUUUGGCUGGAAGACCGUGGCUUUGAUCUGAGCCUUUUCUGA